AUGGUUAAGUUAGCGAAGGGAGCAAAAGCACAAGGUAAGCCUAAGAAGGCACCUCCUCCAAAAGAAGUAGAAGACAGUGAGGAAGAUGAAGAAAUGGAAGAGGAAAGCAGUGAAGAAGAGGUGCCAGUGAAAAAUACACCAGCCAAAAAAGCAGCCACUCCAGCUAAGGCAACUCCAGGGAAGAAAGCCGCUACUCCAGCUAAGCCUGUAGCCACACCAGGAAAGAAAUCUGCUCCAGCAGUGGCAAAGAAUGGAAAACGUGCUAAGCAGCAAGAGAGUGAAGAUGAGGAAGACAGUGAUGAAGAGGAGUCUGAAGAGGAAAUGGCGCAAAUUGCCAAUAAACCUGCCAAAAAACCUGUAGCUAAGAAGGAAGAAUCGGAGGAGGAAGAGGAGGAGGAAGAUGAUGAGGAGGAUGAUGAUGGUGUUGAAGAAGAGAAAAAACCUGUUGCCAAGAAAGCUCCUGCCAAAAUGCCUCAAGGGAAGAAAGCUGGAAAGGAGGAGUCUGAAGAGGAGGACUCUGAUGAAGAAGCAAUGGAAGUGACACCAACUGUUACUAAAGGAAAAAAAAGCUGGUCCUGCCAAAAAAGAGGAAUCUGAAGAGGAAGAGGAUGACGAGGAGGAGGAGGAUGAUGAUGAAGAUGACGAUGAAGAGGAAGAUGAUGAUGAUGAGGGCCCAAAAGACUCUGCAAAACGCAAAAAAAGAGAUGCCUGAGAGUAAAGGUGCUCCUGAAGCAAAGAAGCAGAAAACAGAAGGUGGAAAUGAAGGUUUGUCAGUAUUUGUUGCAAAUCUGAAUUCUGCAAAAGAUUUUGAUGAAAUUAAAAAUGCUCUGAGGGAGUUUUUUUCUAAGAAGAACUUGCCAGUGCAGCGAUGUUCGGAUUGGAGCCUCCAAGAGGUUUGGCUAUGUGGAGUUUGCUACUGCGGAGGAAGUGGAAAAAGCCCUGAAAUUAAAUGGAAAGAAGGUUCUCGGUUUUGAGAUGAAAAUAGAGAAGGCCAACACUCCUGCAGAGAAAACAAAAAAUGCAGAGAACAAAAAAGAGAGAGAUGCACGAACUCUGUUUGUUAAGAACAUCCCCUAUAGCACAACUUCAGAGGAUUUGCAAGAGAUUUUUGAAAAUGCCAAAGAGAUCCGUCUUCCAACUUCAAAAGAUGGUGCUAGUAAAGGGAUUGCCUAUGUGGAAUUCAACACUGAAGCUGAGGCAGAUAAAGCUAUUGAAGAAAAACAAGGUACAGAAGUUGAAGGCCGUUCUAUCUUCAUAGAUUACACCGGAGAAAAGAGUCAAAAUUCUGGAGGCAAAAGAGGACCACCAGGUGAGUCGAAGAUAAUUGUUGUGAAUAACCUGUCAUAUAAUGCAAAUGAAGACAGUUUGCAAGAAGUUUUUGAAAAGGCAACUUCUAUUAGGAUACCACAGAAUAAUCAAGGCCGGCCAAAAGGGUUUGCCUUUGUUGAAUUCCCUUCUGUAGAUGAUGCAAAGGAUGCAAUGGAGUCCUGUAAUAAUACAGAGAUUGAAGGAAGAACGAUAAGACUGGAGUACUGCCAGUCAGGAGGAUCACAAGGUGGGAAUGGUGUUGCUUUCUUAGGAUCUAAUCAGUCAAAGACACUUUUUGUCAAAGGACUUUCUGAAGACACAACUGAAGAAACCUUAAAAGAGGCUUUUGACGGCUCUAUAAAUGCAAGGAUAGUAACAGAUCGAGACACUGGAGCUUCAAAGGGAUUUGGCUUUGUAGAUUUCUCCACUGCUGAAGAUGCUAAAGCUGCGAAGGAGGCAAUGGAGGAUGGGGAGAUAGAUGGAAGUAAAGUUACUCUAGAUUUUGCAAAGCCUAAAGGUGAAGGUCAGCGUGGUGGCCGUGGAGGUUUUGGUGGCAGAGGAGGUGGACGUGGAGGUUUUGGCGGCAGAGGAGGUGGCCGUGGAGGUUUUGGCGGCAGAGGAGGUGGCCGUGGAGGUUUUGGCGGCAGGGGCGGAGGACGUAGAGGAGGUGGAGGAUUCAGAGGUGGAAACCAAGGCCAAGGAAAGAAAAUCAAAUUUGAUGACUGA